UCUAACCUAAAUAUGGCGGAUCAUAUGAAGAAGCAACUCUCGAGCGACGAUUUUGAUGCUCAAAAACAUGUUUUUGACAUCUGUUCAGGAGGUGACGUCUACAAUGACCUCUUGGAACAUCGUCAGAAAGUACAGAUGCUCAGUGAGGACACAGCCAUUAACCUCAAGAAGAAUGUCUAUAGAAAUUACACGCAAUUCAUUGAUACCUCCAAAGAAAUAUCUUAUCUUGAAGGGGAGAUGUAUCAAUUGAGUCAUGUUCUGACAGAACAAAAAGCCAUCAUGAGUCAGAUGUUGGAAAUGUCCAUUGGAAAUAAAGAGGCAUCGGCAAGGAACAAAGAUAUGCCUCAAAGUAAAGAUGACCAGAAGAGAACCAUAGCUUCACUCCUUGACAGAGUGGAAGGAUGCUCACGGAUUACGGAAGUCCCAGGUAGAUACAUUGUCCACGAUGGUGACUUGGUUGAGUUAGACACGGACACGUUCUCUGAGGUUCAGCGUGUACAUGCUUACCUGCUGAAUGAUAGUCUGGUCAUUACAACAUUUGUACCAAACAGACGAGGUCCAGUAAGAUACAAAUAUCAAGUUUUGUAUGAAUUGGACAGCCUGGCCGUUGUAAAUGUCAGAGAUGUUGGCCCUGUGAAAAAUGCCUUUAAGAUUCUCAUGUUUCCUGAUCAAAGAAUCUACAGGGCUGAUAACUCAAGAACAAAGCGUACUUGGUUAGAUAAACUUGAAGAAGCCAAGAAGACCAAAGCUGCAGCUGAUGCCCAUAGGAGAGAGUUGGCUGAGCAGAUGAGUGUUGAGUCCAGCGAUUAUAAUCACAAAUACGAUUUGGGAUUCUUGCCUUUGGAAGCCUUUGAUGAGGAGGAUGAUGUGACAUCACCUGUAGUCCCUGUAGAAUCAACAAGCAUGCUCAAAGUGGAAUGGUUACUGGAACUUCCUGAGGAUCUGGACAUGUGCAUUGCACAGAGGAACUUUGAGGAAGCCACGGAUCUCAUCAUCAAAACAAACACCUACCUUGAUUCAGUUCCACAAAGCCCUGCACUCAAAGAAAUGAGGGCUCGUGUUGAUCACCGUGUGAAGCAACUAACCGAUGUCCUGACUCGCGAGUUACAGGUGUCACCUGACCGAUCACUCAGAGGUGGUCCUCAGGUCACUCGCAGGGCAGUCACUCAACUCAUUCGACUUGGACGAGCUACUCAGGCGUGUGAUUUGUUCUUGAAGAAUCGCAGUGCAUCAAUCAAGCAGUCUCUUCGUCAGUUGAGGAUUGAAGGUGCUACAAGCAUGUAUAUCACCAAGUUGUGUGGUGUCUUCUUCCAUCACAUCAUUGAAACUGGGAAGGAAUUUCGCUUUACCUUUGCUGAGAAUCAAGGAUGUUUCUCAGCUUUUGUUGUCUGGAGCAAAGCUGAGCUGAAAACCUUUGCCAAUCACUUCUCACGCCAAGCCCUUGCCAAGAAAACCAGCUUAUCAACUGUUGCAGAGUGUGUGAGUAUAGCUCGUAGUUACUGCCAACAACUGUCUGUAAUUGGCUUGGAGUUGCUGUUUGCAUUGAAUUCAUUGCUCUUGCGAGGUAUUCGAGAAGCACUGCAGUACAACAAAGACCAACUGAUCGAGGCUUCCAGGCAUAGGAAUGUGGACGAGCGAUGGUUCCCAUUGAACCUGAAGAACCGUACUGCUGCAAACACUCUCAUCCAGGACAUGCACCUGUUGGGAUUUGAAGACUUUAAUACUCUGGUCUAUGACGAAUGCUUUGUGAGGAUUUCCAGCAGCAAUGUUGCUUUCACGAAGGUAUUACUGACGUUUCUUCACGAUGCACUCAAACUCUAUCUUCCAGAGUUGUAUCCUGAUUUAGUCUGGACCAUUAAGGAUGUGAUGGACAGCCAUGUUCAUCUGAUGGAAACAGCUGUUACCUCAGACAGAUUUGAGGAUGAGAGACAUUUUAUCAUGAAGAAUGUUGAUUACAUAUUCAACAGACUGCUGCCACUCCUUGAGAAGAAGUUGAAGAAUGUUGCCGAUCGUAGCUUGAAAGAACUGAAAGAGUUACACAAACGACAUGAAGAAAUCAUGAAGAAAGUCCUUAAUCUUGGAGCAUUGAUUUAAAAGGUAAUUGAUGAAAACCAUAAAAUGAGUUUUGAAGGUUGUGGCAAGGCUUUGAUGUUGCCGUUAUUUUUGUGGGAAACUAUCAGAAUUUUGAGCAUUUUGGGGGAUAUUUUAAUGCUUUAAUCCGCAAGUUGGGUUGCAGUCCGUUGUGUUUAUUUUCCAUCAGUGCAAUAUUAUUUUCAUACGUAUAAGGACAAAUGCUGUACUUUGAUUCUUACAUGAUGACGGCAAAUCUUGAUUGUUGGUAUUAAAUUUACCAGAUAAAAAGUAGAGAUUACAGAAUGUUUGACAUGAAACAUCCAUUAAUUACCCAAGCAAAAUUGUACAUGAGUCGCUAACAUUAUUAAGAAGACCUGAAGGCAUUCCACUUACAGGGGAUAACUAAGUCAAUUUAAUUGCAGUGUGUUGGCCCUUGACGUGGCAUUAUAUUUAACAGUGAAAGUCAGUUUUUUGGUGGGUUUGGAAAAAAUUCUUAGAAUUUUUCUGAUUUGCUCAGCAUUUGGACUCUGAUACAUUGCGCAAAUAGUAAAUAGUAAAUUUUAGUUGAAAUGUAUAUGUGACAUCUGCAACAGUCUCUCAAGAAAGUAAUUUAUUUUGAACGUUGCCUUGUAGGAUUACAAAAUAAAAUGAUGCACAAAAAAGACUGCAAAAAUGGAAUUCAAAUAUUGUCUGUAAAUCU